AUGUUUGAUCAUGCCCAUGCUGAUGCAUGGGGCAGUGACUCGGAUCAACCCUCCAUGCUGGUACUUGAUCCUGUGACCAGUGAUAAGGGGUCGGAAUAUCCGAGUAAAUCCGAGUCACCCGAAUCAUCAACCGCUGUCAGUGUUCCUGUCAACAAGGAGAAGACUGAAGCUCGCACCCGAAAUGAAGAGCAUGCGCUAGCCUUGCCUCUGAAGUAUCAACUUGAAGAAAAGAUCCUAGUCAGCACUUGCUUGGACAACCUCUUGAAGAUGUCUGAGUCUGCGUCGGAAAGUCAGGCCUGGCCCGGGGAAGCUGCCACAAUGACUCGGAGGACUCACAGGGCAACAGCUGGAGCCGAUCCCAACUUCGCCAGUUGUUCGGACGUCACAGUAGCCACGGUGCAACGUGAAGCUCAAGAUUCUUGCACUGCUAGUACUAGUGCUACCAGUACCCACCGCCAGACUCGCAAGAGAAAGGUUGCACUCGCAGGGAUCGACAUCGUCGACAAGGAGAACUUGAACGUAUUUUCGAAUGCCACCCCGGUGGCUAUUAAGCGUAUCUGCCGGGAGAAAACCGGCACUGAUUGGCAAACCGUCCUUGAUGUUAUUGCGUACGGCGAAGAACGAAAUAGGCGGCAGAAUCAAGACACGGCAAGUACCGCGGAGGAAAAGUAG